CGCUUUCCCAGGGAGGAGGAGAUCAAUCGCCAAGGGAAAAAGAUAGGAUCUUUUCUUUUUGUUGGUUUCUCGUCGCGCCGCCGCCAUCGAAUCCUCCCCCCGGUCGUCUCCGGUCUGGUCUGAAUGAGGCAGGAGCUAGUCAAACGCUCCUUCAGAGACGAUGCUGCAAUGGCAGGUGCCAUCUUCAUUUCCAACACCGCCACAAGGGAGCUUUGCUUCCGUACCAACAUCUUUGGGCUUCCAAUAGAGUACCAACGUUUUGUGGAGAAUAUCAGAGAAGGAAUGCCUCUAUUUCUAUUUGAUCAUGCUGAACGCAAACUCUAUGGGGUCUUUGAAGCUGCCUCUGAUGGUGGACUCAACAUUGACAGAUCCGCGUUUUCGUCAAUUAGAUGCUCAUAUCCUGCACAGGUUUGCUUCAAAAUUGUUUGGAAGUGCAGACCACUCACAGAAGAUGAGUUUUCACGUGCCAUACAAGGGAACUACUACAUACCAUACAAGUUCUACUUUGACCUUUCCCACCAGCAGGUUAUCCAGUUAUAUCAGUUAUUUGAUAGGAAGAGGGUUGAGCAUCCUAUUUACAACCGUUCAAAAAGUGCUAUUUUGGAAAAGGAGCACUUUAGGGAAGAGACACAAGAAAAAAUGAGGUUGAGUCCAAAUAUUCCUCAUUCUUCUGCUGAUCGGGCAGGGUUUUUGAUGGCUGCAAGUACUCCCAGAUUUUCACCGGUUGAAGCAAGCUACCUUGCGUCUACAAGCAUGCAUCAAGCUGGACCACAGCUUAAUGUGUUAAUGCCCUUGAGAACUAACCCUUAUGGACUUCAAAUUGAACCUGUCCACAGCAGGCUUCAGGAUCAAGAAGAAUUACCUUAUAACAACAACAUGUUUUACCCAGAUGCUUCUGCAGUUGAUGCCACUGCUAUUCAAGUAGGCCCACCUUACUCUCAAACAACUAAAUACCACCAGGAUCAGUUCACUUCAAGUCAGUUAUAUCCUUUACCUCGCAUGUAUCCAGACAAUUGCUUGCCUUCUGGAUGUGUAGCCCGGGACCCAACUGAGGAACUUAUGAUUUCUGCAAAUCACUCAUAUCGGCCAUCUCUUGGCUAUGCAUGCAGUUGCUUGCCGCCUACUGGAUAUAAAACUCCGGACAGAAUUCGAGGAGACAUAAACUAUGUUGGUUCAACUGUUACAAAGCAUGGUCCUUCAUAUCCUCAAUUUCCUCCACCAAAUGCACAAGGCAAUGCUACCGACUGGAGAGAUUAUUAUGAUUGUGAUGUCCAUUGCAAACAAUGCCAGUUUGGUCCAUAUGAAGAUAUUCAUGAACCUGAACAUCAUCACUUCAGCAAAGCAAAAGCCUUAACACCUCCAGUAUUAAACCAACAAGAUAUUCCGGUAUACCCUGUAGUUCCUGAAUCAACAUUUGAUCAGCGGAAAGAAAGUUUUACUGAAGAAGACUCACAAAAUACUCAUCAGAAACAUAGUUUUAAUCUCACUGAUAGAGUGUCUCCAGGUCUUGGAAAUAGUAUUGGGGCCUACAUGCCAGAUCAUCUAAACAUAAAUCAUGAUGUAAGAUCUGAAAAGGACACAAUAGCUGCUUGUCAGCAUGCACAAAGCAGUGUGUUUUCUCGCUUAUCACGGAUCCCACCACCACUGCCCCAAGAAAUUCCUGGUCCUUCACUCAAUCAGCUGGUUCACUCACUGUCUCAGAGAGCAGAACAGUGGUGUAACCAGGACAAAAUUAUCAAUAAUGAUGUUUGUGAACAGUCGAUCAGUGAGGAAGUAAUGGACAUACCCUGUCCUCUUUCUGAGUUGAAAGGGCCGAGCUUAACUGAAGAAGAAAGCACAGUGCUUCCAUUCAUGAACUUUAAGAGACGGAGCGAAACAAGGAGCUCAAGUGCAAAUCUUGGAAAGGAGAUCAGUGGGAAAGUGAAGAGAAGAAAGCUUGUCCGCCCUUCCUUUGGAGAAGAUAACAAUGCUGAUGCUGGCAGUUCUGGAGAAGAGCUUCAAGUGAAUGGUUUGGAGGAUAAAAAGCAUAGCCACGCUGAACAUGAUGAAACCAAGUUCAGUCUUGACUUAAACAAACCUGCUUCCGCAGAUGAUGCAGCAAAGGAGGAUGAUACCUGUGCAUUCUAUCCUUCUGUUGUUACCAAGAUACAUACAGACAAGCCAUGCGAAGGAAACAUAAACAAGCUAAAGGUCUCAAAUGCUACUGAAGCGAUCAAUAAACAAGAUCAAUCUUUUGAUAGUGCCACACAUACUGAAAAUAUUUCACUCGAUUUAAAUGUGGGAGAUUUAAAUACAAUGGAUCAGUCCAAGCUUCGAGCAAUUCUUGGCUCAUCGCUGCUGCAAGCAUUUGACAAAAUCAGAAGUGGAGAACUCAACAACUCUGAAGAGGCUGUACCAAAGAUCUGUGCUAAAGGUACCAAUAUAACUGUUUCCAUCAACUCUGAAGGAGAUGCAAAGACUACGUCUACGUGCAGUUGAUAGCACGUACAGCCAACACUACUACUGUAGUACUGGAGCAGAAUCGCUAGAAGACUCUGGUGAAGCACCAGAAGUACCGUGUAUAUAGGAACAACAGAAUCACUGCUAUUUUGUGUUCUAUACUUCUAUACCAAUUAGUGUCUGGUAGUACGGAGUAAUAUUGUUGUGGUAGGUAACUGAAACUUGGUCGAUGAAGAAUUAGUUUGCACUUCAAUAUUAGCCAUGAAAGGUUGCUCCAGCGACGACGACGAUAUGUUUUUCAUGUGGAAUGGGACUUUUGUAUUAGUAGUUCGUAUCAACAAGGAAUGUUUCUUUUUAUAUUUGUUUGUUGAUUAUGUACACAUGUCCCAGCAUUAUCUUAGUCCGUGUUAGUUUUCUGCUCUCCUUGCAGCCUCUGCAUGUGUACAACGAGAUGGGUCUACUUGUGGACUACUCCC